CCAGUUUGUCUUUAUUUGGCUAUCCCGCGCGGCGCUGCAAUAUUAAUAUUAUCAUCAUCAGCAUCCUUGCUUUCGUCAAUCGCAAAAAAUGAAUGCAUAAGAAGAUGAUGAAGACGCAAAACACAUCAAAGUAUCAGUUGGAGAGAUUGGAGGAGGAGGAUUUCAGGAGGAGCUCUAGGGUUUGGAGUUUAGGAGGAAGAUUUGGGCUCGGUGUUUCAGCGGGUCUACAGGGGCGAUAGAGGGCCAUGGACCGUUGGCGAGAGGUUGCAGCAACUUUCUUGUGGUGAUGAGAUCAAUCUCCUCGAAACUCCUGUCUUCCCAGUUUUUGACUUUCGCCAAGAAAACAGCGUCUUGACCGAAAAAGAUACCGGACAACGUCCAAUAACAGAGGGCGAUACACGUGCCAAAUAAGCAUCUGAGUUGUGACAAGAUUGCAAGCAUGGACGCAGUUCAUUAAUGCUCGUCGGUAAUCCCUCUUGAAGGAGAAUCGAUUCUUCACGAUGUAUGAUAGGAACUGUAAACGCCUGAGAUAAGUAUUCGGUUUGGUAUAACGGAAGGGCAAUUUUCGAGGAUCGAUUAUUUAAACUUUCAAAAUGUAAGCGAUGUGACAUACUCCGGUUGUGACGGACAGAUCAGGUUUUUGCGAUGAAGAAAUUCAGGCAGCUGAUCCGGGAAUGCGGGGAGGGAACGGUGAUGUACAAUCACCUGCACAUGAAUCUGCUGAAGGCUGGUCUGGUUCGCACCCGCGGAAUGGGAACAGCCGGCAGGAGCAGGUCAAGAGGCAGAGGGCGCGGUCGCGGUCGUGGGCGGGCCAGGCAACUCUACGCGGCGGCCGCUGCGGCGGUUCCCUCCGUCAACUGCCCGUUACCGGAUAGAACUGACCAGCACAACCCGUCACGUGACAGUCACGAGGUCAAUGACGUGAUACGGCACAGCCAGGCUCCUCAGGGUCCAGUAGAUCUUGUGAAAAGGAAUGAUUUUCCACAGGAGACCAGUGAAAACUACUUCUUGAAUUUAAGCCAAAAGCGGAGGGACGGACAUGAGAUGAACAUUCAAUUCGAGCCAAUCAAAUCGCAGCAAAUCGGUCUUCAAGAUAGCGUCAAUAAUCCUUUGAAUCUGGCAACGCAAAGAGGCUGUAGUUUUGUCGCGCCUCGCCGAGAAAUCAACAGUUGUAACCCCGCCAGAAAAUCACCCGUAUUCAGACCUUUUCAAAACGAAAUGCCAAGUACUGUUACCCACCAGGUCUUUCAGAACGACCCUCGAUCGAGAGAUGUAGUUUCCUUCUCCCCAGGGCCAUCGAGGUCAUCUCCCCGGCCCGCAACCAAUGUUGGCAUCGCGUUCGUCAAGGAGAUCGUAGACUGCAUCUUCCCUGAGUUGAUCUACCGCCCUCUUGCGGCCGAAGGGAGGGAGUACCUCGAAGUCACCCCAAGGGAAGCCACGCUUCUCCCUGGCCCUGUCAGUAGUAACCAGGGAGCUUAUGGGACCCCGAUUCUGUGCCCGUGCCACCCAGCGAGGAUCUUGGUAUCACCAGAAGGUAGAGUGGAAUUCCAGGCGGCUUUCAAGACACUCAACACGGUACACGCCUUGCUGACUAGCGGAGGCGGCGGGGACUCAACUGCUUGGCGUAAGAGCGUCUUGGAGUGCGUGCACAGCCUAACCACCCAGGCUGGCUACCGGUUUUGCCCCGGGUUAGGGCAAGCGGUGCCGUCUGUCAGAUGCGACGACUUAAUGACGUCAGAUUUCGGCCUGGGCUUUCGAUCCGCGUCCUGCGAACUUUGGUACCGCCCACAACCGCGAGACGUAACAGCGGAGGUCGUGAACCCCUCAACCUCAACCCACCCACUAGAGGGAGCCAACGGGGCGUCGUCACCUACAACCCAUGGGCUUAAAGGGGGUUUUGGUGACGAGGAAAGUGUCGAGUCGACGGCUCUUUUCAUGUCGGACGAACUCGGAGCAUGCGCGCAGUGUUUGGACGCGUUCAGGCAGCGCAAUCUCAGGGACGGACGACGAAAGCAGAGAAACCCUCGGCAAAUGAAACAGUAAUUUGAUUUUUCAUACACAAGGAACAGCCGUCGACACUGAGAAAGAGACAAUAACUAGAUGCCUCGGCCUUAAUUUAAUGACUUUUAGAUUGAUGGAAAUAAGCCCGCGGAUUAGCGGUGGAAAUUGAUUACCACUUUUUUUUUGCGAAUACCUAGAAAUUCGUCCACCUUAGAUCAGUUCAUAGAAACAUUAACAUAGAACAGUCGCGUAAAGAGUUAAAAAAAAAGAGAGAGAAAUUAGAGAGGAGUUCGUUUUAUGCACAUGGAGAAACUGUUAAGCAGAAACAAAACCUAAUUUACUUAUAGUCCUGGUCAAUAAGGUUGGUGUUAGCUAUCGAUUUUAAAGUGAGUUAAACACACAACGCCAUAACCUGAAUCGAUAUAGCUAUGAAUAAUAAUAUUAAAAAAAUGAAGUGAGGUGAAUUAUAUCAUUUGGGAAUCCAUACAUGAAAUGUUAGAGGUAAACCCAUGAAAAAUUGAAUGGUUAAUACGUAACAGGGUCAUAAAACGAUACUAAAUAAAUGUUUGUAUAUUCCAUGACCCCCCCCCUCGAAAACAGGCUAUAAACAGAUCUAAAGGCAAGAACGUAAUGUAAAAUCUGGUUCCGUUUUCAGAAGCCAUCAUGAAAUUGCUUAGGAUAAAGUGAUCAGCAAAUUUACGAACUUAGUUUGAAAAAAAAAAAAAUUGCUGAGAAUCAAUCAAAGCAAUGUUGUCAUGUUCGCCGGUAUUUCCAUUUCGGCUCAGCAAAAUGUGCUUGUUUGUUCACCAAAGUACAAGUUAACUCCGACUCUAAUCACGUGGUACAUAGGUAUUCCUGGCAUACAAUAGCUAGCCAGGCACAUAAAACGCACCAUUUACUAUCUCUUAAUCCCUAUAGAAUAUUUCUUUUCCAUCAAGUCACCAAACCAGAACCCUGGUGUCUCUGUCUGGCAACCAAGCGACAGUACCGUCUAUCACGGACCGACGGUCACAGCAAGGAUAAACUGAACAAAAAAAAUGGGAAGAAUACAACUUUCUAAGUUGAAGCAUGCAUGCACAAUUCAUCUAUCCUCUAUUCAGUUUAGGCCAAGAACAGUUGAUCGUCCCUGCCCACUCCUUUUUUUUUAGGCUGCAUCAAUUUGUUUAUAUUUUUAUAUUUCAGGCAUAAUUAUUUUAAAAGAUGUUUCAGAAGUUCAGAUGCUUCCAAUAUUAUAGCUUUACUAAUGUUCAAUAAGUACUUUAAGAAGGUUUUGUGGUCAUUAACUAGUAGACAACUACCCAAAACUAUCAAAUAAAAAGGGCCUUCUCCUUUUUAAGGCACAUAUCGUGUAAGCUAAAUGUGGCUAAAUAGCAUAUUUUUUUAAUAAACAAUAAACAAAAUAAAAAGGCCCUCAUCCUCCUCUUUUUGAAAAAAAAA